UAAAAAUAAAUCAUUCCAAGAGGGCUCGUGAAUUGCGAACUUUUUUCGCUCGUCCCUCUUUUCUGGACAUUCUUUAAACCCUAAUUUCUCUUUUUUGAAUCUGACGAAUCUUUUUUAAAAGGUUGAAUGGAUUUAGAUCAGUGGAUAUCCAAAGUAAAAGAGGGCCAGCAUCUGUUGGAAGACGAGCUCCAGCUCCUCUGCGAAUAUGUUAAAGAAAUCCUCAUUGAGGAGUCUAAUGUACAGCCUGUUAACAGUCCAGUGACUGUUUGUGGUGAUAUACAUGGUCAGUUUCAUGAUCUAAUGAAACUUUUCCAGACAGGAGGUCAUGUACCAGAAACUAAUUACAUAUUCAUGGGGGAUUUUGUUGAUCGGGGUUACAAUAGUCUUGAAGUCUUCACUAUCCUUUUGCUUCUUAAAGCAAGAUACCCUGCUAAUAUUACCCUUCUGCGUGGAAACCAUGAAAGCAGGCAAUUAACUCAGGUAUAUGGUUUCUAUGAUGAGUGCCAGAGGAAAUAUGGAAAUGCUAAUGCAUGGCGGUACUGUACAGAUGUUUUUGACUAUCUAACACUAUCUGCAAUUAUAGAUGGGACUGUGCUGUGUGUUCAUGGUGGCCUUUCACCUGAUAUACGAACAAUUGAUCAGAUAAGGGUGAUUGAACGGAAUUGUGAAAUUCCACAUGAAGGGCCCUUUUGUGACCUCAUGUGGAGUGAUCCUGAGGAUAUUGAAACAUGGGCUGUUAGUCCACGAGGAGCAGGUUGGCUUUUUGGUUCCAGGGUCACAUAUGAGUUUAAUCACAUAAACAAUCUUGAUUUAGUUUGUCGAGCACACCAACUUGUACAAGAAGGUCUCAAGUACAUGUUUCAAGAUAAAGGCUUAGUGACUGUAUGGUCUGCACCUAAUUACUGUUAUCGUUGUGGGAAUGUAGCUUCUAUAUUGAGCUUUAAUGAGAAUAUGGAGCGAGAAGUGAAGUUUUUCACAGAAACAGAAGAGAACAACCAGAUGAGGGGACCAAGGACAGGAGUUCCAUAUUUCUUAUGAUCAAAAGGGAAUAUAUCUGCUGCAUUACUUGUAAAAUUGUCUGAAUACAAGUAUUGUGAUUGGUAGUUGAUGACCUUGAAUACGUUCUUUACCUGUUUGCAGGUGGACUGCCUGCUUGGCUGGAAUUCAGUCGGGGCCAGGCUGCUUUGGAAUUUGUAGGUUGUGUAAUAGAGUUGAUGUAUGUUAUUAUGAGUUAGCUAACUUAGCUUCCAUUUUCAUCCCUAUAUGGUCUUAUUGAAUUCUUGAUUGUGUAUUUGUCGGCUCUCUGUGUUUUUCUUCAAGCAUUAAUCAACAAUCAUUGUUUUACCAUAGUAA